GUGUAAGUAUACCCAAAUCUUGCUUGUAAGAGAUAACAACUUGAUAAAGUAUAUUUUUCAUCCUCAACCGUAUCAGAAAUAUAAUAUUCACGAAGACUUGCAGUAAAUUAUUUUUGGCUAAAAUUUAUUGCAAACCAAGUAGAACGGCUAUUCGCAUGGGAGUGAAGGGUGUAACCGCUGCAUUAUUUUCUGCAAGAACUUUUAUUAACUACCGCAGAAUGAGCAUCGAUAUUGGAGGUAUGCGCAUUAGAUAUAAGGACAAGAGUGAAACAUUUUUGGAGUCACAUCUUGUUUCCAAAGAACCAUUUGGCCAAUUCAAGGCAUGGUUUGAAGAGGCAUGCACAAGAAAAGAAAUCCUGGAGCCUAAUGCAAUGUGCCUAGCAACAGCUACAAAGGAUGGAUACCCUUCAGCAAGAUUUGUUUUAUUAAAAGGGUAUGGCAAGGAAGGUUUCAAGUUUUUUACUAACUAUGGAAGUAGAAAGGCCAGGGAAAUGGAAGCCAAUAACAAUGUUGCUGCUACAUUUUACUGGGAAAUACUGAACAGAUCGGUCAGGAUCGAAGGCUAUGUUGAAAAACUGAGUCAGGAAGAGUCAGAAAAAUAUUUUCACUCUAGACCAGUUCCUAGCCAGAUAGCCGCGUGUGCCAGCUUUCAAAGUACACCAAUACAAUCACGAGAUGUUCUGUGCGAGAGAGAAGCAGUUCUCGAAGCUGACUAUAUGAUUCCUGGUAAAGAAGUUCCCAAGCCAGAAUUUUGGGGUGGUUAUAUUAUUCGACCGAGAGCUGUUGAGUUUUGGCAAGGACAACGAGACCGGCUUCAUGACCGAAUUAAAUUCAGAAAGCCCAAAGAAGGUGAGGUUGCUGAUGGCAACCUCUUGCACGAAGGAGAGGAUGGAUGGGUCUUUGAAAGAUUGUCACCGUAAUAUUUUGAAACUAAUCAUGGGAGAUCAAAGGUAUAUAGAACAAAUCAAUGAAGUAAAAAUGUCUUCCCUUAAAUAAAUAGAUAUAAGUUACAAAUGAAAUAUAUUUUUAAUUAGUAUUAA